UCUCCCAGCGGACCCGCAACCGUGCUUCCAGCCAUGGCGAGCGGCCGGGUCCCGGCAGGCAGCGGCGCGGCGCGGCGGCCUCUGCACUCGGCGCAAGCCGUGGACGUGGCCUCUGCCUCCAAUUUCCGGGACUUCGAGAUACUGCACCUGCACCUGGACCUGCGCGCCGAGUUCGGGCCGCCGGGCCCGGGCCCUGGGAGCCGUGUGCUGCACGGCACGGCCACCCUGAGCCUGCGCUGCCUGGUGGCCGAGGGCGCCUCCGAGCUGCGGCUCGACUCGCACCCGUGCCUCGAGGUGACGGCGGCGGCGCUGCAGCGGGAGCCAGCCGGCGCGGAGGAGCAGCCCGCCGAGCCCGUGCCCUUCCACACGCGGCCCUUCUCGCACUACGGCCAGGCGCUGUGCGUGGCCUUCCCGCAGCCCUGCCGGGCCUCCGAGCGCCUCCGGCUGCGACUCACCUUCCGCGUGGGGGAGGGGCCCGGGGUGUGCUGGCUGACUCCAGAGCAAACGGCGGGAAAGGAGAAGCCCUUCGUCUACACCCAGGGCCAGGCCGUCCUCAACCGGGCCUUCUUCCCGUGCUUCGACACGCCCGCGGUGAAGUACACGUACUCAGCCCUCGUGGAGGUCCCAGAUGGCUUCACGGCUGUGAUGAGUGCCAACACCUGGGAGAAGAGAGGCCCCAAUAAGUUCUUCUUUGAGAUGAGCCACCCCAUCCCUUCCUAUCUGAUAGCUUUGGCCAUCGGAGAUCUGGUUUCGGCUGAAGUUGGACCCAGGAGCCGGGUGUGGGCUGAGCCCUGCCUCAUAGCAGCUGCCAAGAAGGAGUACGACGGGGUGAUCGAAGAAUUUUUGGCAACAGGAGAGAAACUCUUCGGCCCCUACGUGUGGGGAAGGUAUGACGUGCUCUUCAUGCCGCCCUCCUUCCCGUUCGGAGGGAUGGAGAACCCGUGCCUGACCUUCGUCACGCCCUGCCUGCUGGCCGGGGACGGCUCCUUGGCCGACGUCAUCAUCCAUGAGGUCUCCCACAGCUGGUUUGGGAACCUGGUCACCAACGCCAACUGGGGAGAGUUCUGGCUCAACGAGGGCUUCACCAUGUAUGCCCAGAGGAGGAUCUCCACCAUCCUGUUCGGGGCUGCUUAUACGUGCUUGGAGGCUGCCACCGGCCGGGCUCUGCUGCGGCAGCACAUGGACCUCACCGGAGAGGAACACCCGCUGAACAAGCUCCGGGUGAAGAUCGAGCCAGGUGUCGACCCAGACGACACAUACAACGAGACGCCCUACGAGAAAGGUUUCUGCUUUGUCUCAUACCUGGCCCAUCUGGCGGGUGAUCAGGAUCAGUUUGACAAGUUCCUGCAGGCCUAUGUGGAUGAGUUCAAAUUCCAAAGCAUCUUAGCUGAUGACUUCCUGGAGUUCUACCUGGAGUAUUUCCCUGAGCUGAAGGAAAAGAGAGUGGACUGCAUUCCAGGGUUUGAGUUCGAUCGUUGGCUGAACACGCCUGGCUGGCCCCCCUACCUCCCCGACCUCUCGCCUGGGGACUCACUCAUGAAGCCAGCCGAGGAGCUGGCCGGGCUGUGGGCGAGCGAGCAGCUGGACAUGCAGGCCAUCGCCGCCGUGGCCGUGGCCACCUGGAGGACCUACCAGCUGGUGUACUUCCUGGAUCAGAUCCUCCAGAAGUCGCCCCUCCCUGCCGGGAAUGUGAAGAAACUUGGGGAGACUUACCCCAAGAUCUCCAACGCCCAGAACGCGGAACUGCGGCUGCGAUGGGGCCAGAUUGUGCUCAAGAAUGACCACCAGGAGGACUUCUGGAAGGUGAAGGAAUUCCUGCAGAGCCAGGGGAAGCAGAAGUACACCCUUCCACUGUACCACGCCAUGAUGGGCGGCAGCGAGGUGGCCCGGAGCCUCGCCCAGGAGACCUUCACGUCCACUGCGCCGCAGCUCCACAGCAAUGUCGUCCACUACGUCCAGCAGAUCCUGGCGCCCAAGGGCACUUAGAGGCCGGCCCUGCGCUCAGCCCCCGCACCUUCCCACCUCCGGGGCUUGCAGAAUGAUUGUCCCAAACCUGCCACCAAGGGCCGAUCCCCCAGGAGGAUCCGUCUUUGGGGAGAACUUCCCUGGCCCCUGGGGUCCUGAAAUCUGUACCCUCACACAGCAUCCAGCGUGGCUUCAGAAGUAGAGGGGUUUUUCCUUCUUUCUAGCCUUUUUCUUCCUAUUUUGCCUUUUUUUUGCUGAUUUUUCAAAUACUGUACAAACGAUUGGUAGUCAUCCUUUUUUUCAGGUUUGAAUCCUCAUUUUAAUAAACAUUUUUUUAAGCAGAAA